AUGCAUAGGGAAGGCAACGACGGGCCGUGGUCGAGUUUUGUACUACAAGUUGGAACCCCUUCCCAGCAAGUCCGGACUUUCGUCUCCAUCACUGGUCAAGAGACCUGGGUCGUCCUUCCGGAAGGCUGUCCUGAUUCCGCACCAAAUGUUAAUGAAUGCCCUGAUUUGAGAGGAGGCUUGUUCACCUACAAUGAUUCAUCCACAUGGCAAUCCACCACCGAGAUCUGGAACAACACGGGGCUUUAUGCGCUUGCCACGCUGGUCCUGAUGAACCUGGGUAUCGAUGGUCUCACCACAAGAUGCCAGAAUGGAAUGUAUGGCUUUGAUACCGUUGGCUUAUCUUUCAACGGAGGUGGUGGCGUGUCACUAAACCGCACGGUAGUGGCAGGCAUCGCAACGACAAACUUCUACUUGGGACAGUUUGGAGUCAGCCCUCGCCCAACAAACUUCACCGUCGAGAAUAGCAAUUCUUCGAGUCUCAACGAUCCGCAACCUAGCUUUUUUUCUCAACUGAAAACGAAUAACAUAAUACCGAGCCUCACCUACAGCUUCACCGCCGGAUCAUAUGCACGUUCAAAAACCAAGAGGAAUGCCCUCGGUUCAAUGGUUUUCGGCGGCUAUGAUGCGUCAUUGAACGGUUCUUCGUCUAUUUCUUGCAACUUUGCCGACAACGCGGGUCGUGAACUCGUCGUGGCGGUUCAAUCGAUUACCAAGAUUGUCGACGACACAAGAACUGACCUACUACCCAACGGAAUUCUCGCAGUGCUCGACUCAUCGCAGCCGAAUAUCUGGUUGCCUGUGGAGGCAUGCCGCCGCUUUGAAGAAGCCUUCGGAAUUUCGUGGAAUGAGACGUCGGAGAUGUACAUGCUCAAUUCAACAUUGCACGACUCAUUGGUUGCCGAGAACGCAAAUGUCACAUUUCAACUGGGGAACACAUUAUCGGGUGGAUCGACUGUUGAUAUUGUGUUCCCUUACAGUGCGUUCGACCUAACAGCAUCAUGGCCAUUGGCGUCAGAGUCGCAGCCAUACUUUCCACUGAAACGAGCUGCAAACGACACACAAUACACGCUAGGUCGUGCGUUCAUGCAGGAAGCCUACCUCAUUGCCGAUUACGAAGAAAACAAGUUCGAGCUCUCUCAACGCAGAUGGGACGACAGCGCAGAGCAGAACCUCGUUCCCAUCCGCCCGCCAAGCUCUAACAACGAGACAACGUCCAGCACAGAGCAGUCAGAGUCCAGUUCCAAUUCUUCUCUCAGUAUUGGAGCCAUCGUUGGUAUUGUCGUUGGCGCUGUAGCCGUCUCAGUCGUCCUCACCAUCGCUAUCUUUGUGCAGUAUCGCCGCCGUUACCGCCGUGAUAACGCUGGUGAUAGGGCUGAAAAGCCAUCCGAGCUGGAUAUUCAGUCAUCUGCAAAGGGCGGGGCAACUGUUCAGGGCGCAGAGCUCGCAACCGAGGGUGCGGAAGUGAGCGAACUGGAACCAGCAAAGACGUACGGAGCGGAGCUGCAUGGUGACCAGGAACAUUGUGUGGAGAUAGAUGGCCUGCAGAAAGUUGCGGAGGCAGACAGUUCGCAGACGAUCGCGGAGAUGGACGGUCUACAGACGGUUGCGGAGCUGGACGGGGUCCAGAGGCUUGCGGAGAUGGAUGGCGAGGGAAGAAGGCCGGAGGUGCAUGAACUUCCAGGGAAUACUGCGCACCCAAGCGCUGAAGGCAGAUGA